UCCCUCAUCCUUCACAGGAUAAGCCUGGUGCUUCCUUGAGUUAAGGACUAGGAAAAGGAAAUGCGUAACCAGGGACAGUCAGAGGACCUUUCCCACAGCUCCCAGCACAGCAGAGCACUCCUGGCUCCUCUGCCACCAUGGGGACCCUGAGGAACUGGUGGCUGUCACACGGGCUUGUGCUGUGCUAUGCCUUCUGGGGACUCUGCCUGACCUCUUCAGACUAUGAUGAUUACUCUCAGAACAGCACCAAUGAGCCGGCAAAGCCAUCAGAGAUCACCCCAUGUCCCCGAGCCAUCCCCGGGGAAAGGGCAAUCGUGGACAAUGUCACCUACCUGUGGAUACACGAGGCCAUCCGCUCCCAGCUGGACAGCAAGGUCACAGUGCUGCUCAUCCCCCGCCUCUACACCCUCAUCUUCCUGCUGGGACUGCCUGCCAACGGGCUGGCCCUCUGGGUCCUGGCUACCAGGGCUGAGAAGUUGACCUCCACCAUCUUCCUGAUGAACUUGGCUGCAGCAGACCUGCUGCUCGUACUAGUGCUGCCCUUUAAGAUUUUCUACUAUUUCCUGGGGAACAACUGGCCCUUUGGGGAAGGCCUGUGCAGGCUCACGACAGCUUUCUUCUAUGGGAACAUGUACUGCUCAGUGCUGCUGCUCACGUGCAUCAGCAUCGACCGCUACCUGGCUGUGGUCCAUCCUUUUUUCUCCCGGUCCUUCCGUACCCCCACCUUUGCUGCCCACACAUGCUCUGCCAUCUGGCUCUGUGCUGCUGUCCUCACCCUGCCCCUGACUCUGCAGCAGCAGUCGUAUCCCCUGUAUGGAACAGACAUCACUCUCUGUCACGAUGUUCUCCCCAGGCAUGAGGAUGAUGGGUUUUACUUCUACUACUUCAUCUGUCUGAUCGCCUGUGCUUUCCUGGCUCCUCUGCUGGUGAUGCUCUUCAGUUACUGCUCGGUCCUGAGAGCCCUCCUGGACAGUGGGAAGAGGUAUUCCUACUCUGUGAAGCUCACAGCUCUCGUGCUGUUCACCCUCGUGGCCUUCUACACCCCUAGCAAUGUCCUCCUCCUUGUCCAUUACUCCAGCUAUACGUCCAAGCUGUAUGGCAGGCUGUACAUCAGCUACAUGCUGAGCUUGGCCAUCAGCACCUGCAACAGCUGUGCUGACCCCUUCAUCUACUACUAUGUUUCUGAAGACUUCAGGGACAAGGUGAGAAGGAGGUUUUUCAGUCACAGGAAUCAAAAUACCACAUCCCUAAAAACCUCCAAGGAAACACUCCCUCAGAAAAGUUCCAAAGAUUCGCUCGUGUGAGCCUCCAGCCCAGCUCCCUGCUCCCAAGGCACUUGGAACAUACAUUGGGGAUAAGAUGAUGGUAACACUGGGAUCCCUUAAGUUUCAUCCAGAACAACAAGCAGUACUUCCCAGGAGACAAGUCCUUUCUCCUGUCUGCAGAGCUAAAACUUGAAUAAACCUGGAUCACAGGAUUCCUCAAGAGCUGUGGAGUCUGCAUGGAUGCUGACUGUGUACAGAUGUGUAACAGGGACAUGCAGCUGGUCACAGGUAGCCAGGGAUGCUCUUGCCAAUAUACCUAGGGCUGGGUUUCUUAAUGCAUCUGGCAGACUGAUUUUCUACUUCUUUUUCUUGCUGUCCUUUGAAUCCAUAUUGCCUUCACCUAAAACUGAAAAAGAACAGGCACUUGCUGAACCAAACUUCUAAACCUUUCAAAAGUACCAGGAGGUACCUAUGGGAAAGGUCCUCUCCUGCACUAAAAUAUUCUGUCAAGAGAAUGUAAAGCACUGGCUUUUCUAGCAAAUAUCUUCUUGGCUUGAUUAGGAAGCAACAUCAUAGUAAUGUCAGCCCAUUGCUGGUAACACCAUAAAAAUCCCAUUCAGUAAUUCCAAUUUUUGCAAAUGAACCCUGGAAUCCAUAAUUUCUUUAUGGUAAGAGUGGUUUUUGUUUUUAAUUUUUUAUGUAUCUUGAAAGGAAAUAUUAAAGGAGUUGAUAAAACCCUUGCUCUAGAACUCCCCUCUUCCUUCAUGUAAUGUCACACACAGUCAAGAGCUGGCUCAAGGACCAGGUGAUUGAGGCAGGUUACUUAGUGAAACCUGCUGCAAAUUUACUAAAACACACUCAGCCCAUCUCUCAGACACAACCUGGGCAUAUCCCAGCAAGCAGCAAGGUAGAAAACAAGUGCUAAACAUCCUUUGAGUUCCUGAUCAAACAAACUUACAGUGUAAACAAGAAGAGGGAGACGAGAUUAUCUUAAAAUCAGUUUUUAAUAAAAUAUUUAUCAGGAUCUA